AAAAAUUCUAUUCUUCCUCUUUUCAUCAGUUCAAUUUCAAAAAUCUUUUCUUUCGCUCUCCCCGAUACGUUUUCUCUAUCGAUGGAGAACGCCAAAGAGAACGCUGGCGUCGAGAAAUCCGCCGCCGGCGAAAACCCUAACCCUAACGCUCCUGCCCCCGAAUCUGCAUCGGAGGCGGCGGGCUCGAACCCUAGCUCGAAUCCGCGGACGAGAACGCCGUUCACGAACCUGGGUCAGGUCGACGCCGACCUCGCCCUCGCUCGCGCUCUACAGGAGCAGGAGAGGGCGUAUAUGAUGCUGAGGAUGGAGGGUUUUGAUGGAGGGAGCUCUGAAUCUGGUAGUUUUGUGUACGAGAAUGAAUUGGAAGGCGAGGAGGAGGAUGGUGAUGAUGACGACGAGGAGGAGGAGGAGGAUCAUGUUGAUCAUCCCGAGGAGGAUCAUGGCAGCGUUGGGGGGAGUGAUUACGGGGAGGAUGCGUUCGAUGCGAAUGAAGAGGAGCUUAAUCCUGCGGAUUUUGAGAGUGAUGAGGCCUUUGCCAGGGCUCUGCAGGAUGCUGAGGAGAGAGAAGUUGCUGUUAGAUUGAUGGCAAUUGCUGGAUUAAAUGAUUGGGGAGUGGUGGAGCGUGGGGAGCAUGUGAGGCAUUCUCAGGAACCAUGGCAAGAGGUUGAUCCAGAUGAACUUUCAUAUGAGGAGCUGGUUGCAUUAGGCGAGGUAGUUGGAACUGAGAGCAGAGGGCUUUCUGCAGAUACAAUUGCUUCCUUACCUUCAGUUAAUUACAAAGCACAAACUUCUCAAGAUGGCAACACCGACCAAUGUGUUAUCUGCCGAUUAGACUAUGAAGAUGGCGAUUCUUUAGUCUCACUUUCAUGCAAACAUUUAUACCACCCUGAGUGCAUAAACCAAUGGCUUCAAAUAAAUAAGGUAUGCCCUAUUUGCAGCUGUGAGGUUUCUACCUCUUCAGGACAGUAGUCAGGAUUAAUGAACAGGCUUCUUGAGGCCAUAUCUUGCUGAAGAGGAAUAAGAAAGAUGAUCGUGGCAGAGCUUCUUGAAGUCGUGAUACAUUAUGAUGCAUGUUUUGACAGUAUCACCUGAAAAAUGAUAGCAGCAAAGUGCCCUCUUUAUAUGCAUUAAAUUUGAUAUAGACGUUAUUUAAUCACAAACCUCGCUGUCUGUUGGAUACUUGUGUAACGUUUUCGAGAUCUUGUUAAAAGCUAGCUACUGGACUUAAAUGGCAGAUUUAUGUUAUUAAUUCAUGCGUGGGUCUCAGUUUGAUCAGAA